AUACUUUUUGGAGUUGUGCACUGUUUUUACUCAGUCCCUCAAUCCGGCUGCAGUCCGCUUGUAGCCCACAUGUGAACGAGGGGAGCGUCUAUUACCGCAGGAAGGGUGACGUGUCUGUUCACUUGUGCUGAGUUGGAGAUUCACGACCCGCUACAGCGGUUAUUACGCAGCUACGGUAGAGAUGGAAACCGCUUAAGCUCGUAACUGACCACACCUGACCGGAGCUGACCACACCUGGCGGGAGCGUCUGUGCCUCCCACCCCCUCUCCGCCCCCCGUCUCGGAGUGGUCCGGUCCAGCAGCAGUGACUCCAGUCGGGGUCCUCCGCUCCUGCAGCGCUGCGGCUCCGAGGCUCCUGAGCAGCUGUGUGUUGUCCACCGUGUUGAGGUGAGGGUCUGGUUGCCAUGGUAACCAUGCCUGUGUUGCCCCUGUGUUCUCCUGGCCCCUUAAUCUUCCUCCUCCUCUCACUGCCGCUCAUUACGUCUCAGAAUCCUCCCCUCUCCAUGACCUCGGACCCCGACCCACUGACCUCCCGCUCCAAACAGUGCAGCAGGAAAGAGCAUCCAGUUACAUCCCACUCAGCUCUGAGUACUUGGCUCUCAUCCUUUUCAAUAUCCGGAGUGAGUGAUUACUCUCAGUUGUCUGUGGACCUCAGCAGAAACCAGCUGAUAGUCGGGGCCAGAAACUAUCUCUUCAGGCUGAGUCUGGCUGAUCUCUCUCUGCUGCAGAGUGCGGAGUGGGGGGUGGAUGAAGACACACGGAGGUCCUGUCAGAGUAAAGGAAAAACAGAGGAUGAGUGUCAGAAUUACAUCCGUGUUCUCCUGCUGAGUGGUCCUCGUCUCUUUACGUGCGGCACUAACGCUUUCUCGCCCAUCUGCACCACCCGGCCCAUCUUGGAUCUUGCCCAGGUUGUUGACUCAGUCAACGGAGUCGCCCGCUGCCCAUAUGACCCCAAACACAACUCCACCGCGAUGCUGACAGACAGUGGAGAGCUUUAUGCCGCCACGGUCAUUGAUUUUUCCGGCCGGGACCCUGUCAUCUACCGCAGCCUGGGCAGCAUGCCCCCCCUCCGGACUGCCCAGUACAACUCCAAAUGGCUCAAUGAGCCUCACUUUGUCUCCGCGUACGAAGUCGGGCGCUUCACCUACUUUUUCCUGCGGGAGACGGCGGUGGAGCAGGACUGUGGGAAGGCUGUGUUUUCUCGAGUGGCCCGCGUGUGUCAGAAUGACGUAGGCGGCCGUUUCCUGCUGGAAGACACCUGGACUACGUUCGUGAAGGCGCGGCUGAACUGCUCCCGCUCUGGAGACGUGCCCUUCUACUACCACGAGCUCCAGAGCACCUUCUACCUGCCUGAACAGGACAUCAUCUACGGAGUCUUCACCACCAAUGUUAACAGCAUUGCUGCCUCUGCAGUUUGUGCCUUUAACCUCAGCGGCAUCACUCAGACCUUCAACGGACCGUUCCGCUACCAGGAGAACCCUCGCACCAGCUGGCUGUCUACCCCCAACCCCAUCCCCAACUUUCAGUGUGGCACGGUAGGAGAUGGUGGUCCAGGUGGGAAUCUGACAGAGCGCAGUCUGCAGGAUGCACAGCGACUCUUCCUGAUGAGUGAUGUUGUACAGCCCAUAUCUGUGGAUCCCCUGAUCAGCCAGGACAACAUCCGUUUCUCCAAACUGGCCGUGGACAUCGUACAGGGCCAAGAAACACUUUACCACGUCAUCUACAUUGGCACAGAAUAUGGCACCAUCAUAAAAGCGCUCUCCACAUCCAAUAAUAGUCUCCGUGGGUGCUACCUGGAGGAGAUGAAGCUCCUCCCAGAAGAGAAGUGGGAGCCAAUCCUGAACCUGCAGAUCCUGCAGAGUGACAGGUCUUUGUUUGUGGGGCUGAACAGCAGAGUGUUGAAGAUACCACUGGAGAGAUGCUCCAACUACCAGACCCAACGUGAGUGUCUGGAGGCGAGGGAUCCGUACUGUGGCUGGGAUCGUAAACAGAGACGCUGCAGUACAAUAGAGGAAAGCACGAAUAUGAGCCAGUGGAUCCAGAACAUUACACACUGCCCUGAGAGAAAUCUCACCCAGGACGGCCGUUUUGGACCGUGGACGCCGUGGCAGUCAUGUACCCACAACGACGGUGGGGAAAACACCAGCGCCUGUCAGUGUCGAUCUCGUUCCUGUGACAGCCCUGCCCCUCAGUGUGGAGGCUCCGAGUGUGUGGGACCCACAAUAGAGGUGGCCAACUGCUCCAGAAACGGAGGUUGGACCCCCUGGUCCUCGUGGUCUUCAUGCAGUACCAGCUGUGGUGUCGGGUUUGAGGUCCGUCAGAGAUCCUGCAAUAACCCCGCCCCGCGUCACGGGGGGCGAGUGUGUGUGGGCCAGGCCAGAGAGGAGAGGUUAUGUAACGAGAAUACUGCGUGUCCUUUACCGGUGUCCUGGGUGCCCUGGAGCUCCUGGUCGAAGUGCAGUGCCCCCUGUGGAGGCGGAGUCCAGUCUCGAGUCAGAAGCUGCGAGAAUGGAAACACCUGCCCAGGUUGCUCUCUGGAGUACAGAGCGUGUAACCUGGAGUCGUGUGCAGAGGUUCGACGGAACACACCCUGGUCGCCAUGGUACCCGGUGAACGUAACGGUGGGCGGAGCCCGGCAGGAGCAGCGUGUCCGGUAUACCUGCAGAGCCUUGCUGCCCAACCCACACGACCUCCAGCUUGGAAAGCGCAAACUGGAGACCCGCACCUGCCCGGGCAGUGAAGGACCACCGGGCUGCGAAACUGACGGUCUGGUAGAGGACCUGGUGAGGGUGAGCCGACCUCCGACUCGCAUACAGGGAGCCACCUGGUCGCCAUGGGAGACAUGGUCUUCCUGUUCUAAAGAGUGUUCUAGAGGGUUCCGCACACGUAAGCGGUCAUGUUUAGCCCCCGAUGGGAAGAGCUCGCCAUUCUCCUGCAGUGGAACUCCUGUGGAAUAUCAGGACUGCAACACACAGCCAUGCCCAGUGAAGGGGACGUGGUCAUGCUGGUCUUCCUGGUCCGAGUGUUCUACUUCAUGUGGGGGCGGGCACUAUCAGCGUUCGCGGAGCUGCUCUAACCCCGCCCCCAAACACUCAGGGGACAUCUGCAUCGGCCUUCACACCGAGGAGGCCCUCUGCAACACACAGGAGUGUGAGGGUGGAUGGGGGGCGUGGUCAGAGUGGUCAGAGUGUGAGGAGGGAUUUCAGCGCCGUAGCCGGACCUGUGAGAUAAGCCCCGCCCCCUGUGAGGGGAACAGCACGAACUGGAGAGCCUGUGGUCCCAGUGAGAGUGCAGUGGGCUCACCAGGACAGAAGAGGGGCUUCAGCUGCGGAGGCUUCUCUCUGUUCCACCUGUUGCUGACGGGUGUGAGCUGUUUCCUGGCUGCACUGUUCGGGUCAGUUCUGGUUUAUGUUUUCUGUCAGAGGGUCCAGAAACCCUCCCAGGACUCUGCAGUGAUCCACCCCAGCACCCCCAACCACCUGCACCACAAAGACCCCAGCGGCACCCCUAAGAAUGAGAAAUACACACCCAUGGAGUUCAAGACGCUGAAUAAGAAUAACCUGCUCCCGGACGAAAGCUGUAACUUCUUCCCGUCUCCUCUUCAGCAGACGAACGUUUACGCCACCACGUAUUACCCGACUCCGCUGGGCAAAUACGACUUCCCCUCGUUAGACUCACCCUGCAGGAGCUACAUGCACAGCUGAGCCCCGUUCACGCUCAGCGCAGCUUACCUGACCUGUGUGCUGUGUUGAUGACACACCCUCAUCAUGUGCAGUACAGGGGCAGUGGUGCUGCUCAGUGUGCACAUGAUGUUUGGACUUAGGGUUAUGAAUAGACGAUUAAACAGUGACUCUGCAUUCUGGAAAAGGACAAAGCAGCAGUGUAUCGGUUUGACUAAGCCAGUAUAUUUCCUUCACACGGAUGACAGACUGCGGGUCAGAUGGCCGAAAACAGGCCAAACUGUAAAGACUUCACUGGAAAUUUCACUGAAAAUCUACUCAAAACUUAGUACCCCUUUUCAUUCGGAUGGGCCUGAACUGUCCGUGUCUUUCGGGAAUAAAUGGAGCAUGAACUCUUUGUGUCUUCCACAAGGA